AUGAUGUCUAUACAUCAUCUCCUUUCAUAUACCGUAUCCCAGAGCAGCUCGCCAAGAGAUUUUGUUCACACCUACCAACAAACUUCUUUUUCUUCGUCUUCUUCUUCUUUUUUCUUCUUUUUCUUCUUUUUUCUUCUUUUUUCUUCUUCUUUUUCAUCUUUUUCUUCUUCUUCUUUUUCUUCUUUAUUUCUUCUUCUUUUUCUUCUUUAUUUCUUCUUCAUCAUCUUCUUUUUCUUCUUCUUCUUCUUCUUCUUUUCUUCUUUUCUUCUUUUUUCUUCUUCUUCAUCUUCUUCUUUUUCUUCUUCUUCUUCUUUUCUUCUUUUUCUUCUUCUUUUUCUUUUUUCUUCUUUUUCUUUUUCUUCUUUUUUCUUCAUCUUUUUCUUCUUCUUCUUCUUCUUUUUUUCUUCUUUUUUUCUUUUUUUUUCUUCUUCUUCUUUUCUUCUUCUCUUUUCUUCUUUUUUUCCUUCUCUUUUCUUUUCUUCUUCUUCUUUUCUUCUUUUUCUUCUUCUUCUUUUUUCUUCUUCUUUUUUCUUUUUCUUCUUCUUCAUCUUCUUCUUUUCUUCUUCUUCUUCUUUUUUCUUCUUUUCUUCUUCUUUUUUCUUUUCUUCUUUUUCUUCUUUUUUUUCUUCUUUUUUUUUUUCUUCUUCUUUUUCAUCUUUUCUUCUUCUUCUCUUUUCUUCUUUUUUUCCUUCUCUUUUCUUUUCUUCUUCUUCUUCUUCUUUUCUUCUUUUUUCUUUUCUUCUUCUUCUCUUUUCUUCUUUUUUCCUUCUCUUUUCUUCUUCUUCUUCUCUUUUCUUCUUUUUUUCCUUCUCUUUUCUUUUCUUCUUCUUCUCUUUUCUUCUUUUUUUCUUCUUCCUCUUCUUCAUCUUUUUCUUCUUCUUCUUCUUUUCUUCUUUUUUCCUUCUUUUUCUUCUUCUUCUUUUUCUUUUUUCUUGUUUUUCUUGUUUUUCUUGUUUUUCUUCUUCUUCUUUUUCUUCUUUCUCUUCUUCAUCUUUUUCUUCUUUUUCUUCUUCUUCUUCAUCUUUUUCUUCUUCUUCAACUCAUUCCUUCAACCAUCCCUAUCGUUCAUCGUCUCACAUUUUCCUGUCUCUUUUCGAUUACCCUCCCCCUCACCAAUUAUUUGUUGGUUUAUUUGUUGUUAUCCUCCCCCACCCACCGCCUUGCACCGACCCGUCCAUCGGUCUUUAUCUUGUGAUUUGUUUCCGCUUUGAAGUUUUCUAA